AUGUCAUCUCGGCAUCGUUUUCUUCAACGAUCAAUUACUCAUGUUUCAUUUCAUAAUCGUCUUACUGAAGAAGAUGUUAUGUGGCGCCGACGCGAACAUGAACGAGAAAAUGAAGAAAAAGACGAUGAGAAGCGACGACAUCGAUCUCGAUCACCUUAUGAAAAACAAAAACGACAUUCUCGAAAACAACGUUCAUCGUCUUCAUCAAACGAAGAAAGUAACAACAAGAAUAAUAACAAUCAAACUGAAGCUGAAUUUGGUCCACCAUUACCAUCUAAUCUGGGUAUAAAUGCUGAUCGUUGGGAUCAUGCUUUUUUUAUGCAACGAUAUCCAGACGAAUAUGAAAAACAAAUUAAUAAAUCCAAACGAGAGAAUUCUACGAGUAGCGAGGAUAAGAAAAAAAAGAAAAAAAAUUCCAAACAUCAUCAACAUAGAAGAAUGGAAGAAAAAAAUAAUAAGAAAAGUAAACGCCGACAUCGAUCGCGAAGUUAA